AUGGACCUUCCCGUAGAGAAGAAGGAGCGCACAGGGAGGAGAGGAGAGGCAGGCUGGGCACACAGGCCUCUCUGUACACGGGGAUAACCGGGGACACUGUCCGGGGGGAGACCUUCUUUCUGCCUGGACACUGGACCGCCUCGCUCGCUGGUUAUGCAUAGGAUCCCAUCUGUGUGUGGCCCUCCGAUCACCGAGCGUUCAUCGCAGCCUCAGCAACAGCAGCAGCAGAGCAUCCCUUGUGCUGGGCUCUCCGUGCCGGGAACACUGGGGACUUUCUGAAGGAUCGGACUCGGUGUCAGGCGGCUCACCAUGCUCCUGAUCACACCCGGCUCCACAUCCCGAGAUUUCCUCCACUCACUGGGGCUGGUGUGGCAGGGCGUGCUGUGGAUUGUAUGUGCUGUGUGUGCCGAGGACACAGACUUCAAUGUAGAGGUGUGGCUGCAAAAUUACGGCUACCUUCCAUCAACAGACCCCCGAAUGUCGGUAUUGCGCUCUGCAGAAUCCAUGCAAUCAGCUAUAGCUGCUAUGCAGCAAUUCUAUGGCAUUAACAUCACUAGAAAAAUAGACAAACACACAAUCGAUGAAAUCACAAUGAGCUGGAUGAGGAAACCACGAUGUGGCGUGCCUGACACAACGAGAGCUAGCUCCAGGUUUAGUGUUCGCCGAAAACGUUAUGCCUUAACCGGGCAGAAGUGGCAUCACAAGCAUAUCACAUAUAGUAUAAAGAACGUUACACCAAAAGUGGGAGAUACUGAAACACGUAAAGCCAUUCGCCGUGCCUUUGAUGUCUGGCAGAAUGUAACUCCACUAACAUUUGAAGAAAUUCCAUACCAUGAGUUAGAAAAUGGCAAGAGGGAAGUGGACAUUACUAUUAUCUUUGCAUCUGGAUUCCAUGGGGACAGUUCACCAUUUGAUGGCGAAGGGGGAUUUUUGGCGCAUGCCUAUUUUCCGGGACCUGGAAUAGGAGGGGAUACACAUUUUGACUCUGAUGAACCAUGGACGUUAGGAAAUCCCAAUCAUGAUGGAAAUGACCUAUUUCUGGUUGCUGUACAUGAAUUGGGUCACGCGUUGGGAUUGGAGCACUCCAACGAUCCAACCGCCAUCAUGGCACCGUUUUAUCAGUACAUGGAGACAGACAAUUUCAAGCUACCUACAGAUGACUUACAGGGAAUUCAGAAAAUAUAUGGUCCACCUGAAAAGAUCCCAACACCAACAAAACCUCUUCCUACAGUGCCACCACACAGGCCUAACCCACCAGCAGAUCCACGCAAGAAUGAUAGACAACCAAGACCUCCCAGGCCUCCUACUGGAGGAGAACGGCCAUCUUAUCCGGGAGCCAAGCCUAAUAUCUGCGAUGGGAAUUUUAAUACCCUGGCUAUCUUGCGCCGGGAGAUGUUUGUAUUUAAGGAUCAGUGGUUCUGGCGUGUUAGAAAUAAUAAAGUCAUGGAUGGAAAUCCUAUGCAGAUUACUUACUUUUGGAGAGGAUUGCCUCCCAACAUUGAUGCAGUUUAUGAAAACAGGGAUGGUAACUUUGUCUUCUUUAAAGGUAAUAAAUAUUGGGUGUUCAAAGACACAACAUUACAACCAGGCUAUCCUCAUGACUUGAUACAGCUAGGACAUGGCAUUCCACCCCAUGGCAUUGACACCGCUGUUUGGUGGGAAGACGUCGGAAAGACCUAUUUUUUUAAAGGCGACAGAUACUGGAGAUACAAUGAAGAGUUAAGGGUUAUGGAUCCUGGUUACCCCAAAUCAAUAACCAUAUGGAAAGGAAUUCCUGAAUCGCCUCAAGGGGCAUUUGUGGACAAAGAAAAUGGAUUCACCUAUUUUUAUAAAGGAAAAGAAUACUGGAAAUUCCACAAUCAGAGACUGCGUGUAGAACCUGGAUACCCACGUUCUAUCCUUAAAGAUUUCAUGGGGUGUGAUGACACCAUGGACCGAGAAAAGGAACGAACCAGUUCUCAAGAUGAUGUAGACAUUGUUAUGAAGCUGGACAACACAGCCAGCACUGUGAAAGCCAUAGCUAUUGUAAUCCCUUGUAUCCUGGCCUUGUGCCUCCUUGUCUUGGUUUACACCGUGUUUCAAUUUAAGAGGAAAGGAACACCCCGACACAUACUGUACUGUAAACGCUCUAUGCAAGAGUGGGUGUGAUCUAACAAUUCCUAGUGUAGAAUUUCAAGGUUACUUGAGAAUCAACAUCAGAGCUAUUAUCCCUAGCUAGACACAGGCAUCUGUGAGCCAGGGUCUUAUGGCUGAUCUUUAAAACCCAAGAGGUUUUGUGCCCCCACCUGAGUGGGGAUUCAAUCACCUGGGAAGCUUCCAAACGUUUUUGCCGUUCCUCCAGUCCUUUUGUAUUUCUUUGUCAUUCAACUUUAGGCCUUCCUUCUAAACUCUGGAGAUGGUGUUACCUUUCCAGGAGUCAACACUGAAGAGAAAGGUGAACAAAAAUUUACUUUACUAAAAUAUUCUUUUACAUUAUUUUAGUUUUUGAAAACUACAGAUCCUCUUUGAAAACGAUAUGUGCUGCACAGACACAUAUCCUUAAGUGUGAGCAACAAACGAACAUAAGAAUCGCCCGUACGGAACCUUAGGGAGAGUGUGAAGACCCUAAAUAGCUUUGUGUCCAAAGAGGAUUGAUUCACUGUCUGCUACGGGAAGACACCCACGGUUGACCUUGUGGGAGAACAAGUCACAUGGGACCUUCAGACUGUUUGGACAGACUUUUUCCAACUAACAAGGGGCCAAAAUAUCUGCAAUAUAGAAACAGCCUUAAUAAUGAUACAUUCAUUUUGUGUUUUAUACAACUUUUUCUGAGCUUUGUCCAAAACGUUUUAACACAUUUAUAGUCAUGAAUUUACUGAACAAAGUGAAACUUUUUUUGUUUUAACUUGUUUGUUUUUAAUUUCUUAUUUUAUUUUUUGGCAUCAUUAUAUUUUAUCAAGUUGCAUUCCACUGCCUUUGGCACUUAGCAGGUCUGACAGGAACACUUAUUUGAAAGCCUGGCAGGAAGCAGAAUGUCUUUGAAACGGAUUGCAGUGAGCUGUGGCAAAAUGGCCGUCAUGUUGAGAAGAAAAUUGCUACAAGUAUUACGUAUUUGUAACCCUUUGAGUACUAUCUUACCAGUUUUCAGAUUCUAUUAGGCAUGGCUUGCUUGCCACAAAAUAAUGUGGACAUGGAUAGAAAAGUUAUGAGAUUUGAGGUUUUGAUAAAGUGUUGUAUCCAACAGCUUCUAAAAACAUGUUUUAUUCCAUAGGAAAGGCUAAUGUUUGGUAUAACCAAAUAAGACAGUGGUACUAAACAAAAGAGGAUGCAGAAGAAAAUGUUGACUGUUUUCAUCCACAGAGGUCUACUGUACAUUCAAACCAUGUUGCACGAUAAUAUGAAUUGCCUUAUACAAAUACAUCCAUCUAAAUUAAUUCUAUCUAUUUAGCAGAGAAUCUGAUUACUGCAUGUUCCAUACUAAAGUGUUCUCAAACUGCAUGUUCACUUUAGUUCUCAAAGGGUGAAAGUGGCUUGAUCUUAUUAGGAGCAGGACUAGGCGAAACUGAAUCACCAAAGCAUUUUCUUGUCAAGUAUAUCACAUAAUGAAAGUGCUGUCAUUAUUACCAUUCAUCCUGCAGUAGCAGGUGCUUUUUCAUGUUUUUUCCAUAUUAAAAAGUAAGCUGUUUUUUUUUUCUUCUUUUUUUUUCUUUUUUUUAUAUAGCAGUGUUAUGCUUUUACCCGCACUAUGCUAACUAAACAGGUAAUGAAGGUAACACCGGAUGCCAUUUAUGUGUGGUCAGCUGGCUGGAAGUCAGUGCAUCAGAGAGUAACUGCUCCAUGAAAACAGUAUGCCUUUAACUUCAUUGGUGUCCUGUUGGCUGUCAUUCGUUUUUUUUUUUCCUUUUUAUAAAUAUCUUACUGUCUUAAAGAGUGCUGUUCUUGCUGUUUGUGCCCUUUGACCUUCAGCAAAAUCAAUGAUAUGAAAUGCUAGUUAUUAUGUAUGGCAAAUGCAGGUUGCAACCAAGAAGCAUAAUAUAACCUAUAUGUUAAAUUAUUUUUCUGUUUGCCUAUAAGAGUGGUGCAUAUAUAUGUUCACAUUUCCCUGUUGGAACAAUACACCCAUUAUUUAAAUUUCCAAUGGAAAUACGUGAGAUGUUAAACAUAGGACUUGUAUAAUACAGAGUGUCACUCCUCCAACAUUGUUAAAAUGGAGAGCAUUUGUUUUCUCGAAUCCACAAAUGCAAAGGACAUAGUAAAUAUGGUCAUGCUUUUGUCCAAGUGUAGCCAAGCUAAUGUGGUAAGAGGGUAAACUUUAUUGGGAUGAGACAUUUGGACCUUAAAUAGUCCUUAAAAAAAAGUAUGCUGAUGGUAGCAGUUGUUUUAGGUAAGCUUAAGAUAAAGAUGUAACUUGUAAUUCUUAUAAUGUAAAAGCAAGCUAAGAAAAAAUACUACAAUCAAAGAUAAGAUUUUCUUUUAUAGUCUACAUAAAAUAUGGAAAGGAAAAUACAUGGUUUAUUUUCGUGAUGCUUAUUUUUGUUUUCCAUUUUGUUUUAAAAAUUUUUUUGGAAUAACAAACUUCAUAGCUAAACAUUUCCAGUUUGUUUCCAACAAUUGUCACUCGAUAAAAUAAACUACAAAAUAAA